CGGCUUGUGCCUUACCGCAGGACAGCUGACAGUCAUCGCUGAAGCCUGGGUGUGUUGGGAAACAGGAUGACUGCGAGCUGAGCAUCCGAGAAAAUGAAAGUUAUUACCCUUUGAAGUCUUCAUGUAGAAAACAUGCGCCUCUUCAGUUAAUCUUGGGACUUGACAGAGGCCCUGGGUAUUAAACAAAAAGGGGACAGAAUCAUAACAUGCCAAGAAAAAACGACGACAAAAUACUUACAGAUCCCCGUUUGAGGAGACUCUGGGAACUGUUUUCAUUUUCUCUUCAGGAUGCUUAAAAGCACCUUGAUCUAGAUUAAUUAAAAAGAUCAAAUAUACCAAUGGGUAUGCCAGUCUUCAAAGUCAUGAUUAAACAGUGGCAAAACUAUGAAAAAAUAUCUGGAAGGACUCCAGAGUAUCUGUUUUGGCUUGUCCCUACAGUAGGCUGUGGCUUUGUUACAGAUAAUACAAGAUUACAAACAUUAUCUAAAAAGUUUUAUACUAGAUCGGUCCACAGGACAGCAAAUGCAUUUUUAUUCCCAUCUUAAAAUGUAGUCGACCUUGUGUUAACAAAACUUUUCAAAGGCCUUUUCUAGGUCAAAGGUAAGGUUAUUGAGAAAAGCCCUUUAUGAUUAACUCACUUUGAUGGACGUUGAAGUAGCAACAGGCCCAACUCCUCAAGUGGUAAGGGCGUUUCUGAAACCACCACAUUGCCAACCCUAUAAACAUAAAAACUGAGGCAGAGGGAUGGAGUUACUUGUAUUCUGGGACUUUUUGGUAGAGAUUGUUCUUUUUCCCCUCUCCCUUUGUUGAGUUAUUGAGAGGGUUAAUACAAAAGGCCAACUGGUGCAUUUGUGGGCUUUGUUAACCUAAAAUUUCUCACAUAAAUUACAGUCCCUGAGGAAAAAAACAUCUGUAGAAAAGGCUCAGAUCUGUAGGGCUUGUAAGAGAUCAACGCCUAGAGCUCUCGGUUGUGUCUGUUUUCUCACCGUUUGGUUUAACUUCUUUUGUGGCACAGAAAUACAUUCAGGCACAAGAGAAAGGAUGAGUUCCUGUGCCUUACCUACUAUUAUUUAGGAGGGGAUACAGCUUCAUAGUUAGGGGCUGGUGGGUACGUCACCCCACCAAAACAAAUAAAAUCAAACUUGCAAGGAAAAGAGCAUGGACCAUACGGCAGAGUGAUCCAGGUAUGGAACAGUAAAGGAGUACGAGAUUAAACCGAAUUCUUAAACAGUUAAUACCAGACAUACCAAAUACAGAAACACCAAACCUACAUUCCCCUAAGAAAAAAUUGGAUAAAGUAAAAAAAUGUUUCUAAGUUUCCGCCACUAUAGUGCUGAGGACAAGCUGACUUUUAAUGCCAAGGUAUGGGAAAAAACCACUCCUGUAUAGAUCGACAUCUUUGGUGUUUUACUCACAAUGGGGUGUUUUCACUGCAGUUGACUGCAUCCAGCUGAAAGUGCCAGUCAUUCAGCAGCUGUACCACUGGGACUGUGGGCUGGCCUGCUCCAGGAUGGUGCUUCAGUACCUGAAUCAUUUAGACAACGAUGAAUUUCAGAAAGCCAUCCAGGAACUCCGCUUAACAAAGAGUAUCUGGACUAUUGACCUGGCCUACCUAAUGCGGCACUUUGGUGUUAAGCAUAAAUUUUGCACCCAGACGCUUGGAGUGGACAAGGGCUACAAAAAUCAGUCAUUUUACAGGAAGCACUUUGACACAGAAGAGAAUCGAGUGAAUCAGCUCUUUGCACAAGCCAAAGCCUGCAAGGUGCUGGUGGAGAAGUGCACAGUAACUGUUCAAGACAUCCAAAGCCACCUGUCGCAAGGUCACGUAGCCAUCGUCCUAGUGAAUGCAGUCCUGCUAUUGUGUGAUCUUUGCUCAAGUCCUGUCAAAUACUGCUGCUUCCUCCCCAUUGGACAGAAGUGCUUCUGCAGGAAUCCUGACUACCAGGGCCAUUUCAUUGUGUUAUGUGGCUACAACAAAGCCUCAGGGAGUAUUUACUACAACAACCCUGCCUAUGCUGACCGAACAUGCUGCACCAGCAUCAGUAACUUUGAGGAAGCCAGGACAAGUUACGGCACUGAUGAAGAUAUUCUGUUCAUCUACACAGAUAGCUGACAUCCACACCUGAUACUUCUGGUCCUUUCCUGCGCAGCCUGCAUGGCAGCUGGCUGCUUGUCUCAGGACUCCCCCUGCAGAGACCUUGCUCCUGAAUUGCAGUGGGAUCUUAAACAAGGGAGGCUUUAUAGACGUUGAUAGAACUAUAUUGCUGUCUUUACCUUUUUUUUCUUGAUGAUGUAUCUGAUUUUUGCAACGUACAUCUCAGUUUUUUGUUUGUGUUUUUUUUUUUUUCCUCGUUUUCAACAUUGCACAUUUGACAAGCAGUUUUAAAAUACAGGCCCAAGGCCUGUUCACUUUGAGCUUAUUUUCAAAUUAAACACAUGAGAAAAAAAGCACCAAGUUUAUGAACUUUAACACUUGGUAACACAUGCAUAGGUUUAGGUAAACAAAACCAGGGAAAAAUAAAUAGAAAAUACCUGUUUCUCUCUCUGUCA